AUGUAAAAUCAUAAAUUUAUUCUGAAUGAAUACAUGACAACUAUACUAAAUAAAAGAGUAUGUCUGAAUUAAGAUGUUGGCAAUCAGCAUAUUUUUAAUUAGACACUAAACUCAAAAUCAAAUGAAGUUAGCUUAAGUAUAUCAAUUUACUUAGAACAUAAUAUGAGUCAAAGGAGAAUUUUAGCUGAAUAAUGGAUUUUGUAAUUUAAAAGUAAUAACAACCGAAAUAUGCCAUGUGGCAAACAAUGUACUUUUGAAAAAAAUUCACUAUGUUGUAUGUUUACAAAGAGCUCAUUAUAUUAAAAUUUCUUGAUUAAGUAAGAGUGUUAUUAAAACUACUUACUUUAAAUCGUUAUUGAUCAUAAUGGUAAAAAUUAGAAUUUAGAAUUAUAUAAAUGCUAUCAUUUAAACAUAGAUGAUGAUGUAUCAAUAAUUGUACGUUUCCAUUAACACUUAAAUUUGACAUAAGAAGUAGGAAAACCAAGAUCUUUAUCAUUUUAAGAAUAAACAAUGAUCCCAAAGUAAAAUAAUAGAUUAGUGAGAUUCAAUUCUGAUUAAAUAAGAACACCUGAGAGAAAAGUUCUUAUGUAUUCAGUUGAGGAAGAAGUGACUUUCUUGAUAGAUGAAAAUUAAAUAGAGAGAGUAAGGAGUCAAAAUUCAGAUUCUGAUUUCAUGAUAUAAACUAUAGAAGAAGAAACAGAUGUGAGUGAUUGGUAAAUUAUAGAUCAUAAACAUUUACUUACUAAUGCUUAAAAGAAAAUACUCAAUUCGUUGAAUGAGAUGAGAAAUCUUUUCAAUUCUAAAUCUAAGCAUAGUCAUUAGAUAUAAUUAUCUUUAGAAUUGUUCUUAUGA